ACCAUAAUGGUGAACAAUAUGGAUCACGGUUUGCCCAAGUUUUCUCUUCUAGGUUAUGAUGAUUAGAAGAUCGUGAUGAAAGCACAUCUCUACGCUCUACACGAUUGCAUGUGGAUGGUGCUGGAAGAUGGACCUCUGAAGAUUCAAAUGGAGAAUCCAGAGAGGGAUCCAAAGAAUCCAGAUGUAGUCCAGUACAUUCCAAAGCCCAAAGAGAAAUGGGAUGAUAGAGAUUGCAAAAAGCACAAUAUGGACAACGUCGCCAAAGCAGCCAUCUUCAAGACACUUGAUCCCAUCACCUUCUCCAAAAUCAAACAUCUCAAGACUGCCAUGGAAAUAUGGAAAGGUCUUGGGAUGUUGUGUGAGGGAUCAGAGGAUCUGGGAAAGCAGAAGAUAGAGGUUCUUCUUGAAAAGUUCAAAAGCUUCAAAAUGCUUCCCGGAGAAUCAUUUGACAUGCUGGAUGAAAGAUUCCACAAGAUUCUAAAUGAUCUUGCAUCACUUAACCACGUUCUUUCUCCCAAAGAAAAGAAUGUAAGGUUACUAAGGGUUCUUUCUCCCAAAGAAAAGAAUGUAAGGUUACUAAGGUCUCUUCCAGCUGAGUGGUACACCAAAGACACAGCCAUGGAAGAAGGAAGAAAUCUGGAGAACUACACUGUUCAAGGUCUCCUGGAUGAACUCAGAACCUAUGAGCACGAGCUGAAGAAGAAGGAAGAACAGGUCACCCCUUUUCCCACGGCGCUGAUGACAAAUCCAGAGUCCCAGCAAGCAAAGGAACAUGCCCAAGGAGCUAAGGCCACCCAAGGGAAAGCUACAGGUAAGCCUGGCCACUGGAAGUCAGCCUGUCCGUAUCCAAAAGUGGAGAAGUACGGAGAAGGAGAAAGGAACGAGAAGAAGAAAAAGUCAAUGGUAGCAGCUGAAAGUGACGAGUCAUCCAUUUCAAGCUUGGAUGAAGAAGCCCUUGUGUGCAUGGAGCGCAGAGCUGAGAAAUCCAACCAUGAAAAUCGUUGGACAAUGUCAGAAGAUGACACUCUCUACCUAAUGGCCAAAGAUGAUGCUGAUCAAGAGGUAACUUCACAAACCUCCUGCUCAUCUUCGAAUGAAAGCAUACCAACUUCUGAAAAUCUAUUUGACAAGUUCAAAAAUAUGAUGAAAGAUUUUGAGGAAAUUAAUCUCAAACACUCAUCCUUAACAGAGGAGAACAAGCUAUUAAGUGAAGAGAAUCUCAAGUUGACUAAAAGCCGGAAAAGUAAACUAAAUGAGAUUACUCAACUCAAAGCUGAGAAUGAAUCUCUCUCUGAAAAGGUAAAAACUCUCAACAAGGAGCUAGAGAUACUGAAGUCCAAAGAAGCUGUGGAUAAGCUUCUUGAAACGACCAAAAAGAAGGGUCGUGAAGGACUUGGGUUUGACCCAUCCAGUUCCAAAAGGAAAGGGAGAACAACAUUUAUUCCUCCCAAACCUACUGCCAAACCCAAUAAGCAGAAAGGUAAGGAGAAGGAGAAACCUACAGAAGUUUCCAAAAAGGAAGCCACUAAGUACCCAGGUGUCUGGUACUUAGACAGUGGCUGUUCAAGACACAUGACGGGUGAUGUGAGUCUUUUGAGCAAUCUAAUUCCCUAUGAUUGUCCAAGAGUUACUUUUGGAGGAAGUAAUGAUUUUGGCCUUAUAAAAGGGCUAGGAAAUCUGGUGUACAAGGGACUAACCAUCCAGGCUGUAUCUUAUGUGGAAGGUCUCAACUAUAACCUUCUAAGCAUAAGUCAGUUCUGUGAUAAAGGUUAUUCUCUAGAAUUCUGCAAGGACAUGGCAUCCCUCAAAAACAUCUCCACAAAUGAAGUCAUUCUCACUGGCAAGAGAAUAAGGAACAUCUACGAAGUGAUGUGGGAUGAUGUCAAGGAAGCAUGCCUAAUCAGCAAAGUUGAUAAGCCAUCAAAGCAUGAUCAUGAGGUUCUGGAUCUCUCAGACACAGAUGAAGAAGUCAAUGAACGAGACAGAAUGAAGCCUACGGAGUUCAUUCCAUUCGGAAGUUUACCAUUGAAGACUUCACGGAGAUGUCCGGAUUCAGACAGUGCUGAAAAUCAUGGCCAGCCUUCCGAAAUCCCGGAUUUCUCACAUGACGACAAUUCUGGAAAUGGUAAUAAGGUUGGAGGCGCAAAUAUUCACUUCAAGAAAUUGGAAGCCAAAUGCUCCUCACCAGCAUUCUACGAGGCGUAUUUGGAAAUGAUUGGAGCACAAGAACUCUCUGAAUUUCUUCAUAUGGAAAUUCGCUUCAAGUAUGAAGAAGAAGUUCUUGAAUUCUACAGGAAUGGAAGAGUCACAACCAUUAAAUCCAAGAAGAAUCCACAAAGAUCAAUUCAAGUCAUUAAAUCUACUAUUGGAGGCACCGCAGUGAAAAUCUCACAGAAAAAGAUGAAGAAGAAGCUCCAUCUUCCCAACUCUGGAAUUGACAUUGGGAAGCUCUCGUCCAAAAAUCUGGACUGGAACACAAUUGGUAUUUCUGGACAAAUCCCCUCUGCCCUAGCAAAGAAGGUCGAUUUGAAGAAUGACUACAAAUUAGUCUUAGAGCUGAUCAUUGCAUGUCUGGAAUGUGGAAGUGGAGGACAUGCAGAUGACAUAACCCAGGAAAAGGCCUUCAUCAUCAACGCCCUCAUUACCAAGACUAAGGUAAAUUGGGCUACACAUUUCUUCAACUCUAUUUCUAAGCACAUCGGAAAGCCCAAGCAGAAGUUUCUCUGUCAAGGACUGUACCUUGGACACAUUCUGGAGUCCAUGGGCAUUGCCUCCGAAGGCAAGAAGUAUGAUGCCAGAUAUUGGUUGUACUAUCUGUCAUUCAAGGGAGAAAACAGAGCCAGUUCCACUGCAGAAGAUGAAGGAUCUUCAGACAAUGUUUUGAUUGUAAGUCUAAAGAAGUCCUCAAAAAGGAAACAAGUGGCAUCUACCUCCCCCAGUGCUGAGGAACCACACACUCUAGCAGUAGUCAAUCUGGAUGAAGAAGAAGAAGUUUCUGCUCAAGGAGAACUUCAGAAGAAGAAGAAGAGGAGAAUUUCCUCUCCCUCCACAUCAGGAAAUGCCAAUCCAGAAAACUCACUCUACUAUGUUUGGAGAGCUUGGAAGGUUGGAAACUCUACAGAUCAUUUGCUUGAAUGGGAUCAACAACUGAAGAGUGAGAAGAUUAUUAAGAGAUGUCUGGGACUGCCAAUUAACUACCAUUGCGAGCAGAUUUUGGAUCAGCAAUGGGUCUGGCAGAAAACAAAUGAAGACGUGCUGUUGGAACACUUGUCCACCUCUCCAGCCCCAGAAUUUGAGACUGAACUAGAAAUUCCGGAGAAGUCAUCAGAAAAUUUGGAGAAGUUUACUCCUCCAGAAACAACAACAGAGGAAGCUAAUGAGGAACCAGCUGUAGAAGCACAGAGAAGCCUCGAAGAAGCUGCAGAAGGUGCUCAAGUAGCUAGACUGGAGGUCAUUGAAACCCCAGUUUCUAUUUUUGAGCAAGAAACAGAAGAUGUAGUAAGAGAUUCACUCUCCCAGGAAAUCUCAAACUACAAGGAAGCAGAAACUGAGGAAGAGUCAGUGAAGACUUUGAAAGUUCAUGAAGAAGAUGCAGAGGAAAGAGAAGAAGCUGAAUCCCUCCCUCUGCAACUCUAUCAAAGAGUACCUUCUUCCAAUCAGGUAACGAACUUUCACUUUCACAGCUCUUCCACAUCUACCUUUCCGGAUGAGAUGUCGGAAUCCUGGACCAGGAAGGUCCAAGGGCUGAUUGAGGAAAUAAGCCAAUCUAUCAACAAGACCCUUGAGAUUAUUUCCCUGUUGAGCAACUCAGUGAGAAAUUCCAUGAUAGCCUAUGCCUCUGACUUCCAUCUUCAACUCAAAGAAGCUAUUGAGAUCAAGCAGCAGAUUGCCACUGUCACAACCAGUGUUCAAAAGCAAAUGUCAUUUCUCCAGAUGGACAUCAGGUCAGCCCUGGCAGUGUCAUCAGCAAAUCAAGUGGUCACCCAAGAUUACCUUAAGGUUAUUGCUGAUAAUCAGAAGGAAGCAUUCAAGCUUUUCAAGCACUUUGGAACCUUCACUGCCAAACACAAGCUGGAGGUGAUUGUCCAACACAAGAGUUUACCUCCAAUUCCAAGACUUCCGAUUCAAGAAAAAGAAGGAGAGCUCGGGUACAUUCCAACUCAUUUGAACAUGACUGAACUGAUAUUGGAGGCCUAGCAGAGCAACCUUGAAAACUCGGUUCAACAUCUAUCAAACAAUGAGUUUGAUGGAACAGAAGCCUUAGGAACCAUUGCUUCACUCUUCACAAAUGAGGAUCAACAAAAGGAAAAAUAUAACAAUCUGAAGCGUAUCAAGGCUGAGUGUGG